GACACUCUGGCGCGUGCCGCUUUUUAAAGGGGCGCAGCGCCUUCGGCAACCGGAGAAGCUUCGUUGCACGCGACCCGGUGUGUGAUCUCCGAGUAAGAGGGGGAGGGUCGAGCAGGAGGAGGGGGAAAAAUUCAGACAUCGCAGAAGAGAGCAGGAAGGUUUUUGUUGUUGUUUGGGGCUUUUUUUCCCCUUCGCCGAACUGGGUUGCCAGCACCAGCUCUGACAGGGCAUCUCCGAGCCACUGCGGUGCGAUGUCCCGCCUGCUGCAUGCGGAAGAGUGGGCCGAGGUGAAAGAGUUGGGGGACCACCCUCGCCACCCCCAGCCUCACCACCUCCCGCAGCUGCCGCCGCAGCCACCCGCUCCCCUGCAGGCGAGAGAGCAUCCCGUCUACCCGGCGGAGCUGUCCCUCCUGGACAGCACCGACCCACGCGCCUGGCUGACUCCCGCGUUGCAGGGCCUCUGCACGGCACGCGCCGCCCACUAUCUGCUGCAUUCUCCCGAGCUGGGUGCCUCCGAGGCGGCGGCGCCCCGGGACGAGGCUGACAGCCAAGGCGAGCUGGUAAGGAGAAGCGGCUGCGGGGGCCUGAGCAAGAGCCCCGGGCCCGUGAAGGUGCGGGAGCAGCUGUGCAAGCUGAAAGGCGGGGUCGUGGUGGACGAGCUGGGCUGCGGCCGCCAGCGAGCCCCUUCCAGCAAACAGGUGAACGGGGUGCAGAAGCAGCGGCGGCUGGCGGCGAACGCCAGGGAGCGGCGCCGGAUGCACGGGCUGAACCACGCCUUCGACCAGCUGCGCAACGUUAUCCCGUCCUUCAACAACGACAAGAAGCUGUCCAAGUACGAGACCCUGCAGAUGGCCCAGAUCUACAUCAACGCGCUGUCCGAGCUGCUGCAGGCUCCCGGCGUCGGAGAGCAGCCGCCGCCGCCCGCGGCCCCCUGCAAGAACGACCACCACCACCUUCGUGCCGCCGCCUCCUACGAAGGCGGGGCGGGCGCCCCGGCGGCGGCGGCCGCCCAGCCGGCCCCGGGAGGGGGCCCCAGGCCGACCCCCCCCGGGGCUUGCCGGACUCGCUUCUCGGCCCCCGCGUCGGCCGGGAGCUACUCGGUGCAGCUGGACGCGCUGCACUUCCCGGCUUUCGAGGGCCGGGCCCUGACGGCGAUGAUGGCCCAGAAGGACCUGUCGCCUUCGCUGCCCGCGAGCAUCCUGCAGCCAGUACAGGAGGACAGUAGCAAAACGUCUCCCAGGUCCCACCGGAGCGACGGAGAGUUCUCCCCCCGCUCUCACUACAGCGACUCUGACGAGGCCAGUUAGGAAGGCGCGGCCCCCCGAAAACGGACCCAACCAAACGCCCUUCCCCGUCCGCGGGCGGCCCGCGCAAACACCCCCGCGCCCUUUAACUGUCGCUCCCAGGUGACCGUCGUUAGCCGGCAACGACGUGGCUUGAGCAGGCCGCGGCUCUUCCAAACCCUCCCCCCACCUUCUGCUUACUCUGUACCGUUAUACGUACCUUUACCUGGCAUCGUUUUAUAGUCCAUGCUGCCAACACGCUGCUAAAAUGUCAUCUCUCUGUGUCUGCUCUGGGCUUUCAUUUGUUUUACACCCUGGGCGUCCAUCCUCUAGUGCAGCUCCCACUCUCGGGUGAACAAGUUUCCCCGAGCGCUUUAGGAGCCGCGUUCGGUGCUUUGCAGAACGUGGACUACUGAGCUGUACGAGCGCCGGGGCAGAUGUCUCUGUAGGGCAUAAACGUCCAGUGUCUCGCGGACCCAGAACAGACACACUUCAUCACUGGCAGUUGCGCUGCCUUGAAGAAACUCAACUGCCAAUUGCAAACCAACUUUUGAUUUUAAAUACAGCCACUCAAAAAUCCUUAAACUCUUUGCAAGUGUUUGUUUUCACAAGUGAAAGUUUUAAAAAUAUAUAUGUAGUGUCAAAGGCA